UUUUCAUUGGUUGUAACUUUGAGUUCGGGCUUCUGCUGUAUCACCUUUGCUAAAGACACCACAGCUAAACAGACCUAGCUGAUCCUGGUUAAGUCUUGAAGACUUGAUUGGAUUUAGAUCCGAUUCUAUUUCCUUCCUGCUUCCUUGGACUCUAUUUAAGACACAUAAACAAAAAGAUGGAGAGAAAGGACGAAUCCUGAUGAUUCUCUCUGGAAUCUCCAGCAGAUGGUUUUCUCUGGGACCAUAGCGGUUUCAAGAAAUUGCCUGUUUCAAAAUUAUAUCCCGUCAUGGAUGCUAAUGAUGACCCUGAGGAAGAUCAUCUCACAAGUUAUGAUGUUCAGCUCAGUAUUCAAGAAUCUAUUGAAGCCAGCAAGACUGUAUUUUAUCCUGAAAGAUUUGUACCACUAAGCGAUCAGAACAGAAAGCUUGUGGAGGCCAUACAGCAAGGUCACAUUCUUGAACUCCAGGAGUAUGUGAAAUAUAAACAUGCUUUGGAUGAAGCUGAUGAAAAAGGAUGGUUUCCAUUGCAUGAAGCUGUUAUUCAACCCGUUCAGCAGAUACUUGAAGUGGUCUUGGAUGCAUCUUAUAAGACGCUCUGGGAGUUCAAGACCUCUGAUGGAGAAACACCUUUGACUUUGGCAGUCAAAGCUGGUCUGGUGGAAAAUGUAAAAACUUUACUAGAGAAAGGAGUGUGGCCAAACACCAAAAAUGACAAAGGAGAGACACCCCUUCUGCUUGCUGUAAAAAGAGGCUCCUAUGACAUGGUGUCUGCACUGCUUAAACACAACACCAGUCUUGACCAGCCCUGUGUGAAGCGAUGGUCAGCAAUGCAUGAAGCAGCCAAACAAGGCCGCAAAGACAUCAUAGCCCUGCUACUAAACAAUGGAGGCAAUGUCCACCUGAAAGACGGAUUUGGAGUGACCCCAUUAGGUGUCGCGGCCGAGUAUGGUCACUGUGACGUGUUGGAACAUCUGAUCCACAAAGGAGGUGACGUGCUUGCUUUGGCGGAUGAUGGUGCAUCAGUGUUGUUUGAGGCAGCAGGAGGGGGCAAUCCUGACUGCAUCUCCCUCCUGCUGGAAUACGGAGGAAGUGGAAACAUACCUAACAGGGCAGGGCACCUCCCGAUACACCGAGCUGCCUACGAGGGACAUUACCUUGCACUGAAAUAUCUUAUUCCAGUAACAUCCAAACAUGCAAUCCAGAAAAGUGGGCUAACACCAAUUCACUCAGCAGUAGACGGACAAAAUGCACAGUGCCUAGAACUGCUUAUUGAAAACGGCUUUGAUGUCAAUAGCCUGCUUUCUGACCACAUUUCUGAGAGCUAUGAUGACGAACGGAAGACUGCGCUCUAUUUUGCUGUUUGCAAUAAUGAUAUCCUUUGCACAGAAAUCCUCCUGGCUGCAGGUGCAGACCCAAACCUAGAUCCCCUCAACUGUCUACUGGUGGCAGUGAGGGCCAAUAAUCAUGAAAUUGUCCGGCUGCUUCUUGCCCACGGAGCUAAUGUCAAUUGUUACUUCAUGCACGUGAAUGACACUCGUUUCCCCAGUGCCAUACAGUAUGCCCUAAAUGACGAGGUAAUGCUCAGGCUGUUGCUGAAUAAUGGCUAUCAGGUGGAGAUGUGCUUUGAAUGCAUGCACGGGGACAUCUUUGGAAACUCGUUUGUGUGGUCGGAGAUAGAGGAAGAGGUACUGCCGGGAUGGACAUCUUGUGUCAUAAAAGAUAACCCGUUCUGUGAGUUUAUUACAGUCCCCUGGAUGAAGCACUUGGUAGGCAGUGUUAUUCGUGUAUUAAUAGAUUACAUGGAUUAUAUCCCUCUGUGUGCUAAACUGAAAUCUGCACUAGAAGUACAGAGAGAAUGGCCAGAAAUCCGUCAAAUACUAGAGAAUCCCUGCUCAUUAAAACAUUUAUGUCGGUUAAAAAUUCGAAGACUGAUGGGGCUGCAGCGGCUCUGCCAGCCAACCUUGAUGGAGAAGCUCUCUCUACCACCAACUAUUCAAAGAUACAUAUUAUUUAAAGAGUAUGACCUUUAUGGACAAGAGCUAAAAUUGCCAUAAUUUAAAAUAAUAUUUUUAAAUGUGACUUUAAAAAUAUGUUUAAAUGAGAUUCCCUCAGAGAAUUUCUUGGAAUCAUUUUAUAUCCUGACGUAUAUUUAAAUCCAUUGACAAUUUUAUAACUGGAUCCUGGGUUCUUUGGGGAACACAAUAUUUCACAUCUUUAAAGAAAUUUACAAUGUGAUAUUUUUAAAGCUAGUUAAUAUUUUGCAUUUGAAUUUCUAUUGAUUAUCUUCACUUGCAACAAGUCUUCAAACUCUCCUUAUCAAGUGGUUCCUACAGUAUCCAAGAGCAAGUCUCUCCUUUGUUGGUAAAACAAAGAAUCACUGUCUCUAACCCCAGUUGCUGGCCCAUUCUGUCCUUUCUCUUAUUGCUACACUGUAUAAAAGAGCUCCUCCCUGUCUCUGCAGAUGCCCUCAUUGUCAUCUGCCUUCUACUCCCUCCACUGCCCUUCCCAAGGUCCUUAGCAACUUGCUUGUUGCCGCUUUCAGUGAGCAUCCUCCAGUCCUUACACCUGAUUGCUGCAGCAUCUGACACUAUUACCUACUCUACCUCCAGGAAAUGGUCUUCCCUUGGUUUUCCAGGUAUCUUGCUCUCUUGGCUCUCUUCCAACCUCUCUAACCACUCUGCCUCUAGCCUCUUUCGGUGUUGUGCAUCUCCUACCAACUCUUUAGUAACAUAUCUUACGUUCUCUUCUUUUAUGCUACGUUCAACAGGAAAUUUCAUCCAUACCUAUGGUUUUAUUUACAGCCUACAUGUGUCUGACUGUAAGAUUUAUAUCUGAAGUUCAGCUUUUUCUCUCAUGCACAUGAGACCUGUAUAGACAACUGGCCUAAAGGACCUUUGAAAUCAAAGAAACCUCAAAUUCAACAUAUCCUAAAGCAAACGUGCUGUCUUCCUCCACAAAAAAAAAAAAAAAAAGCUCCUUCUCUUACCAUCUCUAGCUCAAUUAUUCAGUUGCUCAGUUAUAUCUGACUCUUUGCGACCCCAUGAACUGCAGCAUGCCAGGCCCCCCUGUCCUGCACCAACUCCCAGAGCUUGCUCAAACUCAUGUCCAUUGAGUCGGUGAUGCCAUCCCACAUCUCAUCCUCUGUCGUACCCUUCUCCUCCUGCCUUCAACCUUUCCCAGCAUCAGGGUCUUUUCAAAUGAGUUAGUUCUUUGCAUCAGGUGGCCAAAGUAUUGGAGCUUCAGCUUUUCAGCAUCAGUCCUUUCAAUGUAUAUUCAGGACUGAUUUCCUCUAGAAUUGACUGGUUUGAUCUCCUUGCAGUCUAAGGGACUCUCAUUAACCCAAUUAUCGAUUCAGUUUGCCAAGUCAAAAGCUUGGACAUCAAACUUGACCAUCCCAUUUUCCUUAUCCAAGUUUAUUUCAUGAAGUCAUCUUCUUCUACUCAGUCUCACUGAUUCAGCCUGAAUAUCAGCUCUUAUCUCCUUUCUUCCCGGGAUAUUGCAAUGCUGCCAAACUGAUCCUCCUCUCUGCUAUCUUGCCUCAUCCAACCCAUGUUCUACACAUAACAUCUCAGAGUGAUCUUUUACAAAUGUAAGCAAGUUUCACUCCCCUGCUCGAAAUCAUUCCCACUGCUCUUGGGAUAAAGUCCAAAGUUCUCCAUCUGCUCCAACUCCCUGCCUUCCUCUUAGCCUUAUCUCUUGGUGUUUCCCUUAUGCCAUCUCUUUAAACAUGUUAAAUGCCUCUGAUAAGUUAAUGCUUUGAACAGUGAUUUUCAAAAACCAUCACUGUGGUGGUGGUUUAGUCGCUAAGUCAUAUCCGACUCUGGCAAUCCCAUGGACUAUAGCCCACCAGGCUGCUCUGUCCAUGGGCUUUUUCAGGCAAGCAUACUGGAGUAGGUUACCAUUUCCUUCUCCAGGGGAUCUUCCCAACCCAGGGAUAGAACCUGGGUCUCCUACACUGCAGGCAGAUUCUUUACCAACUAGGCUACCUAUACAUCACUAGUUUCUGUUUUAAAAAUAGGGUCCUCUAUUUUACAUAUACAUAUAUAAAAUCUAUUAUCAUGGAUAUUUCAUAAAGGAAGUGCCAUUUUAAUGCUAGAAAAUGGGGCUGCCUUAAACUCCAUUAUUAAAAUUGAAUAACUUUAUCUUUGUAAAAACUUACAGUUUGGUCUUCAUUUCCACAUUGAUGAGUGAAAAUUUCAUUCUAGCCCAACAAGUCUCUGAGGUCUUUGGUUUGGGAACCACUGUUUUAAAAGAGUAUAUUUUCUUGGCCCUCAGGGUCUUUGUAUGUUCUUCUCCUUCUGCCUGGAAUCCUCUUUCCAUCUCCUUCUUCCUCCCUACACCCCUUAUCCCACAGGCCUCACUUUAGGUGUUCCUUCCUCUAGGAUAGGAGGCCCUAUAACAGCACUUUUCAUGCUGUAUUACAGAAACCUGUGUUCCCAUCUGUCUGUCCACUAGAAUGUAAGCUCUGUGAGGGCAGGGUCUAUGUCUGAUUUGUUUUACAGUGUUUUCUUAGGGCCAAACACAUUCCCUAGAGCAUAGAGAGAAUGCAAAAAUUACUUGUUGAGUACAUUGAAUGAGUGAAUGUUAUAUAAGAUCCAGACAAAAUUAAUCAGUGACCUCAUGGUAAAAUGAUAGUUCUGAAUCUCUGAAUUGGUUAUAUUGCUUUAAUUAUGUAAUUACUUGGAUUCAUUCUUAGAUUUUCUUAUAAUCAUUUUUAUCUUGAGUUAUUGUAUUUUCAAUAGUACUAUCUCACUAGUUUAUGAGCUAUACAAAUUGUAUUUAGCUCUAGCUAUAAGUAUGAAAAAACUGUAUAAUUAGACAUAUAGUUUUAACCACUUUUAUUCCCUAAAGAAUAUAUUUUCAUAUAGAUUAAACUCUAAUGUAUUUAAUUAGAACUAUAAUGUUUUGGGUAUGGGAUUUUGUGAUUCCUUUGUUGCUCUCCUACUUGUGGCUAAAAUGCAUUGUUACCUAUAACAUUACUCUAAGUAGAUUUUUUUUUAAAGAUUUAAGUGUACCAUAUGAUACUUCAGAUAUUAAAUAAACUAAAACUUGGAUAUUUACUGUAUUUUUUAAUAAAUACAUUCAAGAUACCUCAGAUAUUAAAUAAACUCUAAUACACAAAAGUUUGAAA